GCCCGCCCAUUAGUGACACAGGCUCUUAGAGAGGGGCGGAAGUGACGCGCUGAGGCAGUCACGGUGACGCGUUCGCCCUGUCUUUGGUUGCUUCGUCACCGGCAGCCUGAGAGAGAGAGUUGGGGAGAGAACCGGAGAGUAAACGGACAAGGAGAUGGGAGCGGCAGAGGACAGGGCCGAGGAGCUGGGAUUUACCCCCCAAAAGGAAAUCGUGUACAACUUACUACUUCCCUACGCAAAUCGGCUGGACCGGGAAUCCAAUGAGCUCCUGGCGCAAAUCAAGGGCAGUUUGGGCCGGGCAGUGCAGCUUCGGGAACUCUGGCCGGGAGUGCUUUUCUGGACUCGGAAACUCACUACGUAUAUCCGAUUAUAUGGCAGAAAAUUCAGUAAAGAAGAUCAUGUACUUUUUGUCAAGUUGUUGUACGAGUUGGUGACAAUACCGAAACUGGAAAUCAGUAUGAUGCAAGGAUUUGCACGCUUGUUAAUAAGCCUGUUAAAGAAAAAAGAACUUCUUUCUAGGGAAGACUUGCAGUUACCCUGGAGACCAUUGUAUGAAAUGCUGGAGAGAAUAUUGUACUCUAAAACUGAACACCUUGGGCUUAACUGGUUUCCCAAUUGCUACCGACAAGGCUUGGCUUCUACUAAAACAAUUGUACUUAAUGUUUUACAUAGGUGUUCUGUCGAAGGUGUCCUGAAAACUCUAGUGAAAGCCUGUAGACCUUAUUUUCCAGAUGAUGCAACAGCAGAAAUGCUAGAAGAAUGGCGGCCUUUAAUGUGCCCUUUUGAUGUAACAAUGCAAAAGGCCAUUAGUUACCUUGAAUUAUUUUUGCCUACCUCCCUGCCUCCAGACCUUCACUGCAAAGGUUUUAGGCUUUGGUUUGAUGAGCUGUUGGGUCUCUGGGUUUCAGUGCAGAAUCUUCCACAAUGGGAAGGGCAUUUGGUAAAUCUUUUUGCUCGACUGGCAAAUGACAACAUUGGCUACAUUGACUGGGAUCCAUAUGUACCACAGAUUUUUACUAGAGUUCUGCGUAGCUUUAAUCUUCCAGUUGGAAGCAAUCAAGUGUUAUUUCCAAGACAACUGGCCAAUGCUUAUGAUACUGGCCAUGCAGUGAUAUGGAUAACUGCCAUGAUGGGUGGAACAAGUAAAACUGUCCAGAAGCAUUUAACGGGGCUGUUCAAUAGCAUCACUUCUUUUUACCAUCCGUCUAACAAUGGCAGGUGGUUGACGAAACUCAUGAAACUGCUACAGAGGUUGCCGUGCUGCAUAAUUCGCCGGUUACAUCGAGAACGCUACAAGAAACCAUCAUGGCUGACUCCGGUGCCUGAAACGCACAGACUUACUGACCAAGAUGUGACAGACUUUGUAGAAAGCAUUAUGCAGCCCGUGCUGUUGGCAAUGUUCAGCAAAACUGGAAGCCUAGAGGCAGCCCAAGCCCUGCAGAACCUUGCACUAAUGCGCCCCGAGCUUGUUAUUCCCCCAGUACUUGAAAAAACCUACCCAGCUUUGGAAACUCUAACUGAGCCUCACCAGCUUACAGCAACGUUAAGCUGUGUUAUUGGAGUGGCCCGCAGCUUGGUAUCUGGUGGCAGAUGGUUCCCAGAAGGUCCAACACACAUGCUACCUCUAUUAAUGAGAGCACUUCCCGGUGUGGAUCCAAACGAUUUCAGUAAAUGCAUGAUCACAUUCCAAUUUAUUGCAACUUUUUCCACGUUGGUGCCUUUAGUAGAUUGUUCGUCUUUAUUGCAAGAGCGAAACAAUCUUUCAGAGGUGGAGAGGGAGCUGUGCUCUGCCACCGCUGAAUUUGAAGACUUUGUGCUCCAGUUCAUGGACAGAUGCUUUGCCCUCAUAGAAAGCAGUGCUCUUGAGCAAACACGAGAAGAGACUGAGACUGAGAAGAUGACCCAUUUGGAAAGCCUAGUAGAGCUAGGCCUGUCUUCUACUUUCAGUACAAUCCUCACUCAGUGUUCCAAGGACAUAUUUAAGGUUGCCCUGGAGAAGGUUUUCAACUUUGCCGUUUCGAAUAUAUUUGAAACACGAGUCUCGGGCAGGAUGGUUGCAGACUUGUGCCGGGCUGCUGUUAAGUGUUGCCCUGUGGAAUCUUUGAAGCUCUUUCUGCCUCAUUGCUGCAAUGUUAUAUCUCACCUCACUAUUAAUGAUGAUGUGAUAAACGACGAAGAACUGGAUAAAGAGUUGCUUUGGAAUUUGCAGCUCUUGUCUGAGAUAACAAGAGUUGAUGGGGAGAAGCUGCUCCCCUACAAAGAACAGCUUGUACAGAUUCUCCAUCGAACUCUGCACUUUACUUGCAAACAGGGUUACAUUUUGUCCUGCAACCUGCUGCACCAUCUGCUCCGCUCCAGCACGCUCAUCUACCCAACUGAGUACUGCAGUGUGCCUGGGGGCUUCGAUAAGCCGCUCUCUGAGUACUUUCCCAUCAAGGAUUGGGGAAAACCUGGAGAUUUGUGGAACCUCAAUAUCAAGUGGCACGUUCCCUCGGCAGAAGAGAUUGACUUUGCAUACUAUCUGUUGGAUACUUUUCUGCGGCCAGAACUACAAAAGCUGGAUUGUUACUCCAGCGGAGAGCUUGAUAUGUCAAGAGAUGAAGUUCAGCAGUGUCUGGCGAUUGUCCACAAUUGUUUGACUGGCUCAGGGAAUCUUCUACCCUCUUUGCAAGGGGAGAGGGUAACUCACUUGGUUACAAGCAUGGUGUCUUUGUAUGAGACAAAACUUUUUACUGGGAUUGACCAUGAUCAUUCAAGAGGGAACUACAGAGAAUUGAUUUCAAAAACACUCAGGAAACUGUUGCACUAUAUUCUUGACCACUCAGAAGAUGAUAUCAAAUCUUUAUUUCUAAUAAUAAAGAUUAUUAGUGACCUUCUGCAGUUCCAGGGAUCACACAAACAUGAGUUUGACUCAAGGUGGAAAAGUUUUACUCUGGUUAAAAAGUCCAUGGAGAAUCGCCUUCAUGGGAAGAAACGGCACAUUCGAGCGCUUUUGAUUGACCGAGUGAUGCUGCAGCAUGAGUUGAGAACAUUGACAGUUGAAGGCUGUGAAUAUAAAAAAGUCCACCAGGACAUGCUGAGGGAUCUGCUGCGGCUGUCUACAAGUUCUUAUGGUCAGGUGAGGAACAAAGCUCAGCAAGCGUUUUUCACUGCUCUGGGAACAUACAAUUUCUGCUGCCGGGACCUAAUUCCUCUUGUACUUGAAUUCCUGCAACCGGAGAGCCAGGAUGUCAGGCAGCAACAGUUCAAAGGUGCCUUGUAUUGUCUUCUGGGAAACCAUGGUGGGGUUUGUUUAGCAAACCUCCAUGACUGGGAGUGCAUCGUGCAGACUUGGCCGGCAAUUAUCUCUUCAGGGCUCAGCAAAGCAAUGUCUCUUGAAAAACCAUCCAUCGUCCGCCUUUUUGAUGACUUGGCAGAGAAGAUACAUCGACAGUACGAAACGAUUGGCUUGGAUUUUUCUGUCCCUGAGAUAUGCAUUCAGAUUGCAAUCAUGCUGCAGCAGUCGGCAUCUACCAGCACCCAACUGCCUAGUCCUGAAGAACUCGCAUUAGCAGUUAAACGCCAGGAGGAGAAGAAUGUGGAGUCUGUUCAAAACUAUGAACGUUUGGUCAACACUUUAUUGGACUGUGUUACCCAAAGAAAUCUCCCAUGGAAAUUUGAACACAUCGGCAUUGGAUUUCUCUCUCUGCUCUUGAGAGAUGAUUAUGUUCUACCUCAGCGUGCAAUCAGAUACUUGGUGCAGUGCCUCAAUCAUGAUGCUCUCAUUGUGCGCAAGAUGGCUAUCUCCACUGUUGCUGGGAUUCUGAAGCAGCUGAAGAGACCACAUGUGAAAGAGCCCAUUUGUCCUUACAAAAUCAGUGGAUGUACCAAACCAGAGACCAACUUGGUAGGAAACAGACCUGACAACCAGUGGCUGCUUUAUGACAGUAGCAACCUACCAAACACAAAGGAGGCCUGGGAGUCGUGCUGCUUUGUGGAGAAGACACACUGGGGUUAUUCUACCUGGCCUCAAAAUAUGUUGGUAUAUGUACCAGCUGAUCAACAGCCAAAAGUUGGAAGAAGCAGAGAAGAAAUGGCAGAGGCAGAACAAAUCAUUUAUGAUCAUUUUACUGAUGAGAAGUUUGUUGACCAACUGAUAAAGUUCCUUUCUUUAGAAGACCGAAAAGGAAAAGAUAAAUUUAAUCCCCGCAGGUUUUGCCUCUUCAAGGGGCUUUUCAGGAAUUUUGAUGAUGCAUUUUUGCCAAUAUUAAAACCCCAUUUGGAGCGACUGGUAGCAGAUUCACAUGAAAGUACACAGCGAUGUGCGGCUGAGAUCAUAGCUGGUUUGAUCAGAGGCUCCAAACAUUGGACUUUUGAAAAGUUGGAAAAUCUCUGGAAGUUUUUGUGUCCGCUUUUGAGAACUGCUCUGUCCAACAUCACAGUAGAAACAUACAGUGACUGGGGAACAUGCAUUGCAACAUCUUGUGAAAGCAGAGAUCCUCGAAAACUGCACUGGCUGUUUGAGUUGCUGCUCGAGUCUCCAGUGAGUGGGGAAGGGGGAUCCUUUGCGGAUGCCUGCCGACUGUAUGUGCUCCAGGGAGGACUGGCCCAGCAGGAAUGGAGAGUUCCAGAACUACUACAUAGAUUGCUUAUGUAUCUGGAACCUAAACUUACACAAGUCUAUAAAAAUGUACGGGAGCGAAUUGGAAGUGUUCUGAACUGUAUAUUCAUGGUUGACGUCUCCUUGCCAAACACUGCUCCGACAAAGUCCCCUCACAUCUCUGACUUUAGUGCUCGAAUCCUUGGCAAGCUCAAGCCUCUCAUGGAGGCUGAUGAAGAGAUACAGAACCAUAUCAUGGAAGAAAAUGGAGUUGGGGAGCAAGAUGAGAGAACCCAGGGUAUUAAAUUGAUGAAGACAGUUUUAAAAUGGAUAAUGGCAAGUGCUGGGAGAUCCUUCUGCACAGCUGUUUCAGAACAGAUGCACCUUUUGCCUUUGCUUUUUAAGAUUGCACCUGUAGAAAAUGACACCAACUAUGAUGAACUCAAGAGAGAUGCAAAAACGUGUCUUUCUGUAAUGUCACAGGAUUUACUGCACCCUGUGCAAGUGCCUUUGGUACUCAAUGUACUCAGACAAACCGCAAGAAGCAGCUCUUGGCAUGCUCGAUACACUGUUCUGACCUACAUCCAAACGACGGUAUUCUAUAAUUUCUUUAUUUUCAUUCACAAUGAAGAGUCUGUGCAAGGUGUCAGGUGGUUGAUCCUACAACUCAUGGAAGAUGAGCAACUAGAGGUGAGAGAAAUGGCUGCUACAACACUCGGUGGAUUACUGCAGUGCAACUUCUUUACAAUGAAUGCCACCAUGCAGGCACAUUUUGAGGAGCUCUGCAAAACCAAACUUCCUAAAAAGAGAAAAAGAGAGACUGGCAUGGUUGGGGACACAAUACCUUCUGGAGAUCUGGUGAAACGUCACGCUGGUGUCUUAGGACUCAGUGCAUGCAUUUUGUCUAGUCCUUAUGAUGUACCAACAUGGAUGCCUCAGCUCCUCAUGGAUCUGAGUGUGCACCUGAAUGACCCCCAGCCCAUAGAGAUGACUGUGAAGAAAACUCUGUCUAACUUUAGAAGAACUCACCAUGAUAACUGGCAAGAGCACAAACAGCAAUUCACAGAUGACCAGCUACUCGUUUUAACAGAUCUUUUGGUGUCUCCUUGUUAUUAUGCAUAGACCGAUGCAAUAAAGAUACAUGGGAUGGAAGCACCUGUGAAACAUGAAGAAUAUUGCAGCUUUAUCACUCAUGAAACUUUUAGACUUGGAUGUUUUGCUGCCCUGUUGGAUGGAGUUUUAAUAUAAUUUUCAUUUUAUGCCUCACUUGGAACUGCAGCUGCUGCUCACAACCAUUUUAAAUCAAGUGCAUCUCAUGUCCAAUCAGAGACAAGUAGCAGCAAUAAGACUUUUUAAUAGAAGGUCUCUGCCAUUAUCGUACAGGCACGUGUAGAACUUUCUGUCUGUGAAUCAAUGACAGAAUUGUAUGAAAUGUAGAAGCCUUGCAUUUGGAAGGCAGUGUACAGACUUCAGCAUUUUCAUGAGAAGACUAUUACAACAUUGCUUUGUAAGAUGUCCCUGUGCUGACAUUUAGGCUUUGUAUAAGGCUAAAUGCCAUAUUUGUAUUUUUAAAUUAUUUUCUGUAACAGAUUUUUGUUUUUCUUUGCUCCUAGGGUAGAACAUUUGCUUUUGGUUUGUUUUCAUUAUGCACAAAUAAAUAUAUAUAUAUAUAUAUAUAUAUAUAUAUACUAUACUAUACCAUAUACAGCACAGCUGCAUAUGUUUGCAGUAAUGAUGCUGUGCUAUACUCCUAAUGCUAUUCUAAAUAUGUUACAAAAUGACAGGAUUGUAAGCAAGGUACUUUAAAUGAAUUCACGUUUUGGUGAGCUCUCCAUCCCCAUGUGUACUAUCUUCCUUGCAGGAAUACUCCAGUAUGAACAUUAAAAAUGCCUGUCUGCUCAUCAUGGACCGUAAACCUUUUCGGAGUUCAAAAAAGUGAGCGAAUUGUUGCCUUGCAAUGUGCCCUGCUUCUGGCACAGAAAGGGUUAAAGCACAGCAGUGUUUCUAGUGCAGCAAACAGGCAUAGCCCCUGUAUAGCAUAGUGCCAAAUGGAUAUUAUUAUUUCAAUUGUAUACUUAGUUUUAUUUUAAGACCCAAUAAAUGGAUGGUUUGUAAUA